UAGUCUCUGUGCUACAGUGGGCUGUAGUAAUACAAUCCUUUGUUGGAGUUGGUUUUGGAUAAAGGAAUCUCCCCAAUCGGAUGAUUGAGAUUAGUUCAAUAAAACAUUAACUCCAGGAAGUGCUGGAAAGGUUUUAAUUCCUGCCAGCGAGGGGAAUAUCCAGGGUCCUGCACACACUGCCGUCCCAGCCGGUGAAGGACUGUUCCAGCGCAGGGGAGCAGAUAAACCAGUCCGACAGGUGUGAACCGUAGCAUAGCGUAUCUCAGGAGGCGUUUCUCUCAGUGGACAGUGUGCCGCCACACACCAUCCAGUCCUCCGUGCAGCUUCGAGGAGCCGAAGAUCCACCAGCAGACGCUUCUUGAUUCUGUGUUUCCCUUCUUAUGGUGAGGGUGUGAUCAAGCCUCAGCCAAGAAACCUCCAUUAAAGACAGAGAUGGCGACGUUGACCCUGGGGCUGUCGGCAUGCAGCCUCCUCCUGCUCUACCUCAUCCUGGAGUCUAGGGAGUCCUUUACAGCUUUGGCUGGCUGGAGACCAGAGGACAUUCCUCCGAAAGAGAUGUUACGCCAGAAAAGAGCGGCACCAGAUGAGGCGACGUUUAACUGGACGUACGUGAUCGACAUCGAAGUGAACGGUUCCUCCGGCCUCAUAGCCGCACUGAACAACAUCAGCCUCCCGGUCCAACUCAACAACAUUACCCAGAUCAGCCAGAUUCAGGUCACCACAGCAUGCACGCCGGUGGGCGCGGGUGAGCAGUGCCGCUGCCAGGAAGGGUUCGCCUGGCCAAUCGAGAGCUGCCUGGCCCACGGCGCCUGUGAUGUCAUCGCCGAGGGUGUCUGCACCUGCAUCAACGGCCGCCCCGCCGACGGGCAGUCCUGUCAACCAAUCGAAUCACUGCAGGCGGAGGUGGUGUUGGAGGUGGUGGUGGAGCUCCACCUCAUAGACCUGGCCACCCUGGAGACUCUCCGCGCCCGGCUGGAGAACAGCAGCUUCCCGCUGGCCCUCAGUCCUGCUGUCGAGAUCACGGACAUCAACAUCACCACAGUUUGCUCUCCAUUCGGGGCUGGGUUCCAAUGCACAUGUGAGGAUCCGUAUCGCUGGCCAUGUGACAAGUGUCUUCUGCAUGGGUCAUGUGACAACAUCACUGAUGAGACGUGUGGAUGCAUCAAUGCCCUUCCCCCUGAUGAAGAAUACUGCCAGCUCUCCCAACUCAUCAAUACAACUUGUCCUUUCACGACUUCUGUACCUCCGUCCACCACUUCUCCACCUCCAUCUACCACUUCUCCACCUCCAUCUACCACUUCUCCACCUCCAUCAACCACUUCUCCACCUCCGUCAACCACUACUCUACCUCCAUCAACCACUUCUCCACCUCCAUCAACGACUUCUCCAGCUCCAUCAAUCACUUCUCCAACUCCAUCAACAAGUCCUCCAGUGGUCUAUGAGUACCUGACUACUAUCGAGCUGCAAACCACAAAUGUUACAGUGAUAGAGGAACUGAGGAUUAUCCUGGAUAACAUCAGCUACCCCUUCCCCAUCGACAGCAACAUACUGAUCUCUGAGGUCAACAUCACCACAGUUCCCAUCGGGCCACCAGAGGAACCUGAAGAGAUCCGUGUCUUCAUUGCUGACUCUGAUCUGGUGGAACAUGGCCUCCACAUCAGCCAUAACAGCCACACUCUCUUGUCGAAACCUCGUAAGGACCCCCAGUAG